ACAAGCAGCGUUUUGUCCAUGGAUGGGUUUGAUAAACAAGGAUCAAAUUCGAGGAAACUACGUUUUACCAAAGCGGUUUUGGAUUUUAUUUCUACAACUAUACACUGUAAUAAGGAAUAGUUUGAUGUUUAUUUUCCGAUUUAGAUAGCGAUUGCCUUUUGUUUUGUUGUCGCUGUGGGGUAAAUAGCUAAAUAACUAACAUGAUGUAUAACCCGCAAGCAGAAAGGAAAUCCAUGUAUACUCAACCACCAAGUCAUGAAUACAAAAGUAGCGACAAAACCAGUCCCAUCAGUGUCAUCUUGGUGAGCUCUGGCAGCCGGGGGAAUAAACUGCUCUUUCGUUACCCUUUCCAAAGAGUACCUGACAGCCCGUCGUCUUUGACAGCAAAACAGAGAAGUCGAUAUGCUCUGAACACAUCUGGAGAUGGACCAGAGGAUCAAGAUGGUGAUUCAAGAGAACACUCUUCACCAACUGACGAACAGUUGGUUGCAGGGUUCUCUGACAUCAUUCUUGCUACCAUUCUGGCAACCAAAUCUGACAUGUGUGGAAAGAAGUUUGAGCUGAAGAUUGACAAUGUCCGCUUUGUUGGUCACCCCACACUCCUUCAGCAUCCUCCUGUCAUCCAGGGUUCUAAAACUGAUCCAUCACCUAAAAGAGAAAUGCCUACAAUGAUCCUGUUUAAUGUGGUUUUUGCCUUAAGGGCUAACGCUGACCCCUCAGUCAUCAACUGUAUGCAUAACCUGUCCCGGCGCAUUGCUAUAGCCCUGCAGCACGAGGAGCGCCGCUGCCAGUACCUGACCAGAGAGGCCAAACUCAUGCUGUCAGUUCAGGACGAGAUCACCACUAUGACUGAAACAGAUGGAAGCCCUCAGUCCCCUUUCAGACACAUCCUCCCAAAGUGUAAACUCGCGAGAGAUCUGAAGGAGGCCUAUGACAGCCUUUGUACAACUGGAGUGGUGCGUCUCCAUAUUAACAACUGGCUGGAGGUGAGCUUCUGUUUGCCUCACAAAAUUCACCGGAUAGGAGGCUAUUACAUCCCACCAGAAGCCUUAGAGAACAGUCUAAAAGCCAUAAGGCCUUAUCACGCCCUGCUGCUGCUGGAGAGUGAGAAAGUGUUGCUGAGUCAGCUCCCUCUAGACUGUUCUCCAGCAAUGGUCCGCCUCAUCAAAACCUGCUCUCCCAUGAAAAACCUGCAGCAACUGGCCCAGGAUGCUGACCUGGCUCUGCUCCAGAUUUUUCAAAUUGCUGCUCAUUUGGUUUAUUGGGGCAAGGCAAUAAUAAUUUAUCCACUGUGUGAGAAUAAUGUCUACAUGCUGUCUCCUCAUGCCAACAUCUGCCUAUACUCUCCACUGGCUGAGCAGUUUGCCCAGCAGUUUCCUGGGCAUGAUUUGCCCUCAAUGUUAGCAAAGUUCUCACUGCCGGUGUCACUGUCUGAGUUCAGAAACCCACUAGAAGCUCCAGCACAAGAGGCCCAAUUAAUACAGAUGGUGGUGUGGAUGCUUCAGCGGCGUUUGCUAAUCCAGCUGCACACAUAUGUUUGCUUGUUGGUUCCCCCAAGUGAAGAUGAGCCCAUCCUCAAAGAUGAAGACCCUCUUCUGCCACCCCGAGUCGGGGGCCGCAGCCUAAGCACACCCAGCGCUCUCAGCUUCGGAUCGCCCAGCAGCAGCGAUGACAUGACCCUGACCAGCCCCAGUAUGGAGAACUCCAGUGCAGAGCUGCUGACAGGAGGGGACUCACCGCUCAACAAAAGGAUGACAGAAACUCUACUGGCCAGUCUGUCAGAGCAUGAAAGACAGGUCAUACUAAACAUCCCCGCAGCACAGAAUCCUGAAGAUCUACGGAUGUUUGCCAGACUGCUGCACUACUUCAGGGGACAUCACCACCUGGAGGAGAUUAUGUACAAUGAGAACAUGAGGCGGUCACAGCUCAAGACUUUGUUUGACAAGUUUCGAAGUGUCCUUGUGGUGACCAACCAUGAAGAUCCCAUUAUUUCAAUCUUUCAGUCACCGAUGGAGAAAUGA